ACGGGUUCAGUGGGCUGCUAACGCUAGUUAGAUGGGGCUGGAGAGGAAGUGGAGUUUGGCUUACGUUGAGAGGAAAGGGGGCAGAGCCGCUGAAGGAUAUCAGCUCAGGCAGAGGCGGAGAGGACACACACAACAGAGGAGCAAGGCGGUGAGGACGGAGAAGAGGAAGGGCGGAAUGAUGCGGCCGAAAGACCCACCAAAACGACGAAAAUCGCCCCAAAAUGUGGCACCGACCGGGGAAGAUGACGGGGGAUAGACACGGCCUGGAUAAUGGGUAUUCCCCUUGAUGUUUCACAAACUGCGUCUUAGAAGAAAGGAGAUCCUCUUACUUGAGCGAAAUGGGUUGACAUUUAGUCAUCGUGGAGUCGUGAUUAGAGGGAUUCAAGUGAUUCACGCUGCAAUGGGGAUUUUCGGGGCAUUGACUGGUGUGAAGAUUUCCGGGUUUUGAAGAGAAAGAAGACAGCUCUACCCCAUUCAACUGGAUAUUGCUGAAGUGGAGACAGCGUUGUUUAACGUGAAGAUGGCAAGUGAUUUGGCAGUUAGCCAAAUUUUGACAAGAUGAAACCUUUUUUCUGACUGGACUUAAGCGUUUGGAUUUUUAUUUUUUACAACAACAUGGACACUGGAACACCGUUGCUGACUGAAUAGUGGACUCGUUGAAAAGUUACACUGUUGUUUUUGGGAAACACAAAACCAGCCAUUGUACAUUUGAUAUUCAAAUGUUGUUUUUAAAUAAAGUGUAUGUCCUCGUAUUUUUUCCUGGCUUUGUUUCAUUAGCUAUUUAACCAGAAUAUCAUGGAGGAUAUUUGGCGUAAUAUUUUUAUAACGUUGAAGUCCUUUAGCUCGGCAUUGGGUUUUAAAAUUUCAGUUAAUUCAUACAACAAAUGGCUUUGGAUUGCAUUGACUUUGUGUCACUAAUCAUCCAAGUUUGACCUCGUAAAUAUGAGCUAGCAUAAGUGCUUAAGCUGUGUACUGGGUUGACGAAUCUCUUGAAGUAAUGAUUUCUUUCUUUAUCUGGUGUUUCUCCACAAAGGAAACUAUAACCUCGAUUGACGAGUUAAUGGAAACAUUGUUAGUUAAAAUGCACCUUUGUGCUUUAAUCGGUCUCACUGUAAAAUCUUUAUGUAAGCUAAUUUUAAAACAGUGGGGGAGAAUACACCCAUCUGUGUAAGAAACAUAAAAUGGUUUUGGUCAGACCAGAAAUGGUUUCCAAAGGCUCUCUAAAAUGGCUCCUGGUUGUCCUUCUUCCUGUCUGAGCAGGAAGUGAUGCAAUUGCUGCUGCUGCAAAAAAAAAACAUUAAUAUACUUGUACAGCCUCUUUUUUUUUUUUUUACCUUUUUAUGAAGUGGUAAGAAAGCUUUCAGUGUCAUGCUUUUGUCCUCGGGCUGACAAUGUAUGUAAGUUUAUAUAAAAGCAAAUUUUAAACAUAAUAAAAGGGGUGGGACUUAAACAUCACCUGAGUGUGGGGUAAAUGGAAAUAACGUCAAUCAAAGGCAAAGCAUUCAGAGCUAGGAAGGAGCUCUAGAUGGCGGCUGAGCCUUGGGAAGGGUGCCAUGGGCUUUCGUCAAACCGUUUCUCUUGUCUGUUUUUCGACCGAGACCGCUUGAUUUUGAUGAAAACUUGAAGCUUGUGAUUAUACGAUCGUUGUUUUAGCGGAAAUUUUGGCGUUUGGUGUGGUUUUUGGGCUGAUUUGUCGAGCCGUAGGAGCCGUCUGUGCUGAGGGAGUGCUUGUCGUUGUUUUCCAUACUGGGCUCUGGCAGCCAUGGCGCGCCUCCAUUUUUAGUGUGCUGCUCGACUCUGUCGCUCUGUGUCUGACAGUAGAUGAAGACUGUAAAGGCCUACAAGCUUUUCCAAGCAAGGCUCUUUUUUGUAAUUUAUUGUUAAGUUAUUAUUUUUUUUUAUAGUUAUCCUCAUUCGAGUCGGAUAAAUGUUUAAACUCUGUGAUAGAUCGAACGUGAAUCAAAUAGUUCAUUUAUAGGCUACCACCUUUCUUCACAUUGAAUUGGUAUGUUUACAUUGUGUAAUUCAUAAUUUACUGAUUUUCUCAUCCGUAAAUGUUGUUUUUCUAAUCCUUCAUCUGAUGACGCAGUUAGAAUUAAUUGCAUGCGGCUUGAUCCGUGGACUAUAUUGAAAGACAUGCGAUGGAUAUUUAACUUAUUGUAACAGCACCUGUCAUUUUUCUUACUUGGAUUUAAAUUAACGAUGCAAGUAAUGAUCCUCAAAUCUUUCGAUUUAAUGCCUUUUCUUGACUCGUGUCGCACCGCCUGGGCUUUAACUGCCAUCUGAGCUAAGGCAAUCUUGUGGGACUUGUAUGAUAGUUCAUGCUUCCUGUAACUUUUUGACAGUAAAUACCAGGACAAAAGAUCAUCCUAUCAGCGAUUUUCAGGAUACUACAAUGAUGAAGAAUAAAAAUAAAAAACAAGAUGAUGAAGGAUCGGCUCAAAGCAAUGCAUCAAGCAAUUCAGCUUCAGAGGAAUCCAACCACUCUGCGUCGGAGUCAGGAAGUCAGUCAGAGAGCGAGCAUGGCAGUGAGAGGAGGAGAUCCCACAACUCGGAGUCAAACAGCUCCUCAGAGUCAGAGAGUCACUCCGAGUCAGAGAGCGAAUCUGCAGAGUCCAAAUCACAACAGACCACAUCAGAAGUCAAAGACAAGCCAGUCAGAAAGAAGGAGCGUCUGGCAGAUGUGAAAAAGAUGUGGGAAGAACAUCCAGAUGUGUACGGGGUCAGGAGGUCAAAUCGCAGUAGACAGGAGCCGGCUCGUUUGAACAUUGGAGCUGGGGGUAGCAGUGACUCUGAGGGCGACAGUCCCAAGAGAAAACCAUCACGUGCUAAGAAAAAGGAAAAUAUCUGGAAAGAUGAUGACUCAAAUGAUGAAGAGGAGGAGGAGGAGGAGGAGGAGGCUUCGGACAGUACAGACAGUGAGCAGGAAGAGAAAAAAGUUAGAUCCAGACGACUUCCUGCUAGAAGACCUCAGACCAAAUCAUCGACAGUCAAAAAGCAGCUGUCUCAGAAGGGAAGAAAGUCCAGGAAACCAGAGUCGUCGGCUGAAGAAGAUGACGACGAUGACGAUGAUGAUGACGACGAUGAUGAUGAGGAAGACACUCCCAAGAGACAGACUCGAAGAAGGGGCGCAACAAAAGUCAAAAGUUACAAAGAGGACCAACACGACUUUGAAACGGACUCUGAUGACCUGAUCGAAAUGACGGGGGACGCAGGCGAUGAACAGCAGGACGAUGACAGUGAGACUAUUGAGAAAGUUAUGGACACCAGGAUAGGCAAAAAAGGAGCCAACGGGGCUUCCACUACUGUGUAUUCUAUAGAGGAAAAUGGGGACCCAUGUGAAGGCUUUGACCCUGAGAAUGACGAGGGUGAGACUCAGUAUCUGAUUAAGUGGAAGGGCUGGUCCUACAUCCACAACACAUGGGAGAGCAUGGACUCUCUGACACAGCAAAAGGUCAAGGGACUAAAGAAACUGGACAACUACAAAAAGAAAAGCGAAGAGCUCAAUUCAUGGUUGAGGAGGGCGUCUCCUGAGGAUGUGGAAUUUCAUAACUGCCAACAGGAGCUCACUGCUGACCUGAACAAGCAGUUUCAGAUCGUGGAGCGUGUCAUAGCAACAAAAACAGGAAAGGCACCAGGAUCCUCCGACUUUCCCUCUCAUAGUCACAAGACACCAUCCUCCAAUGAGCCGGAGUAUCUAUGUAAGUGGAUGGGCUUACCUUAUUCUGAGUGCAGCUGGGAAGAUGGAGCUUUGGUCAUAAAGAAGUUUGAGCACUGCAUAAACAGCUUCACGAACCGAAACUCCAACAAAACCGUCCCCUCUAAAGACUGCAAGGUGUUAAAGCAAAGGCCAAGGUUUGUUGCUCUGAAGAAGCAACCUUCGUACAUCGGAGAUGAGAACCUACAGCUGAGAGAUUAUCAGCUGGAUGGGUUGAACUGGCUGGCUCACUCCUGGUGCAGGUGCAAUAGUGUUAUCCUCGCCGAUGAGAUGGGACUGGGAAAGACCAUCCAGACCAUAUCCUUCCUGUCCUACCUGUUCCACCAGCAUCAGCUGUACGGACCCUUCUUAUUGGUGGUGCCUCUGUCCACGCUCACCUCCUGGCAGAGGGAGUUUGACACCUGGGCCCCGGACAUGAAUGUGGUGGUCUACCUCGGUGAUGUCAUGAGCAGGAAAACGAUCCGGGACUACGAGUGGGUGAACCAUCAAACAAAAAGAAUCCGUUUCAACGCACUAUUAACCACUUAUGAAAUUCUACUUAAAGACAAGGGUGUACUUGGGAACAUUAACUGGGCGUUCCUGGGUGUAGACGAAGCUCACCGGCUGAAGAAUGAUGACUCCCUGCUGUACAAAACAUUAAUGGAGUUCAGGUCAAACCACAGACUCCUCAUUACUGGCACUCCGCUGCAGAACUCCCUCAAAGAGCUGUGGUCACUUUUGCACUUCCUCAUGCCCGACAAGUUUGAUUCCUGGGAGGAUUUUGAGGACGAACACGGGAAAGGAAGAGAAAAUGGUUAUCAGAGUCUUCACAAGGUCCUCGAGCCCUUCCUUCUCCGCCGUGUCAAGAAAGAUGUGGAAAAAUCUCUGCCUGCCAAAGUGGAACAGAUCCUCCGUGUGGACAUGACUGCACAGCAGAAACAAUUUUACAAGUGGAUUUUAACAAGGAAUUACAAAGCUCUUUCCAAAGGCACCCGAGGCAGCUCCUCCGGCUUCCUGAACAUUGUUAUGGAGCUCAAAAAGUGCUGCAACCAUAGUUUCCUUAUUAAACAGCCUGAGGACGUAGAGACAGAAACACAACAGGAACACAUGCAGAGUCUAGUGAGGGGCAGUGGGAAGCUGGUGCUGCUGGACAAACUGCUGACCAGACUCAGAGAAAGAGGCAACCGAGUCCUGAUCUUCUCCCAGAUGGUCAGGAUGUUGGACAUUCUGGCUGAAUACCUCGCCAAGCACCGCUACCCGUUCCAGCGAUUGGACGGUUCCAUAAAGGGAGAAAUCCGAAAGCAAGCACUUGACCACUUUAAUGCAGAAGGCUCAGAGGACUUCUGCUUCCUGUUAUCCACCAGAGCUGGAGGUUUAGGGAUUAACUUGGCCUCAGCAGACACUGUAGUCAUCUUUGACUCUGACUGGAACCCUCAAAACGACCUGCAGGCACAAGCCAGGGCUCACAGGAUCGGCCAGAAGAAACAGGUGAAUAUAUAUCGACUGGUCACCAAAGGAACAGUGGAGGAGGACAUCAUUGAGAGGGCAAAGAAGAAGAUGGUAUUGGACCAUCUUGUCAUUCAGAGAAUGGACACCACUGGUCGAACUGUACUGGACAGCAACUCAGGAAACACUAAUUCAAACCCAUUUAAUAAAGAAGAACUGACCGCUAUUCUCAAGUUUGGUGCAGAGGAACUUUUCAAAGAGGCAGAAGGAGAGGAGUCAGAGCCACAGGAGAUGGAUAUUGAGGAGAUCCUGAGGUUGGCCGAAACAAGGGAAAGUGACCAGGGCUCGAGUGCUACAGAUGAACUUCUUUCUCAGUUCAAGGUUGCCAAUUUCUCCAGUAUGGAAGAGAGCACUCCAGAGUUUGAAGAUAAGCCCAUUCGGGAAUGGGAUGAUAUCAUCCCAGAGGAGCAGCGACGCAAAAUUGAGGAGGAGGAGAAGCAGCGGGAGAUGGAGGACAUCUUCAUGUUGCCCAGAAGCAGGAGCUCUAACAAGAGGGCUCAGGCCAAUGAUAGUGAUAGUGAUGUGGGCUCCAAGCUGAAGCACCGCUCUUCAGGCUCAGAGAGCGAGACAGACGAUAGCGAUGAUGACAAGAAGCCAAAGAAGAGAGGCCGACCUCGAGCCCGCAAAAACAACGUGGAGGGUUUCACUGAUGCCGAGAUCCGCAGGUUCAUUAAGGCAUACAAGAAAUUUGGGUCUCCACUUGAAAGGUUGGAGGCGAUCGCCCGAGACUCUGAGCUGGUGGACAAAUCCAUAGCUGACCUGAAGAGACUUGGUGAACUGAUUCAUAGCAGCUGUGUGACUGCAGUGCAGGAGCACGAGGAACACCUCAAAGAAAACCCAGUUGAAGCCAAAGGUCCUGGGAAACGGCGAGGAAUUAAUAUCAAGAUCUCUGGAGUGCAGGUCAAUGCCAAGUCCAUCAUCCAGCACGAAGAAGAGUUUGAGCCGCUGCACAAAGCAGUGCCCUCCAACCCCGCUGAGAGAAAUAAGUUCAAGCUGACCUGCAGGGUCAAGAUAGCCCACUUUGAUGUGGACUGGGAUCUGCAGGAUGACAUUCAGCUCUUGCUCGGUAUCUACGAGCACGGCUUCAGCAACUGGGAUCUGAUAAAGACGGAUCCCGACCUUAAACUCGCUGAUAAGAUUCUCCCAGACGACCCAAGCAAGAAGCCUCAGGCCAAACAGUUGCAGGCGAGAGCUGAGUAUCUUCUCAAGCUGCUGAAAAAAGAACAAGACAAUACAGACGUGCCUAAAACAGGGGAGGAGGUCAAAGUGAAGAAGAGGAAGCCCCGAGCGAAAAAAGAGAACAAGAUUCUCAAGGAUGAACAGGGCAACGACAUCUCCUCCCCCCGCCUGUCCGACAACCCAUCAGAGGAGGGUGAAGUCAAGGAUGAUGGAACAGACAAGUCCCCCGCCAAAAAGAGACAAAAGAAAAAGGAUAACAAAGAGAACAAAGAAAAACAGGGAACCCUUAAAAAGGACGGGGACAAAGAAAAGAAAGGUGCCAAGCCCAGAAAAGAAAAGGCUAAAGGAGCCAAAGGGAAGAAGACUCAAGGUCCAGUUCACAUUACGGCUGGGUCUGAUCCCAUUCCCAUUGAAGGAAAGGAGGAUGAUGAACUCGACCAGGAAACCUUCAGUAUUUGUAAGGAGCGCAUGAGGCCAGUGAAAAAGGCCCUGAAGCAGCUGGAUAAACCAGACGAGGGUCUGUCCGACCAGGAGCAGCUCCAGCACACACGCACAUGCCUGUUGAAGAUUGGAGACCGAAUCACAGAGUGCCUUAAAGCCUACAGUGACCCAGAACAUGUCAAAAUAUGGCGAAGAAACCUCUGGAUUUUUGUGUCAAAGUUUACAGAGUUUGGUGCAAGGAAGCUUCACAAACUUUAUAAAAUGGCACAGAAGAAGCGAUUGCAUGAGGAGGAGAAGGAGCAGAAGAAGAAGGAUGAUCCUGCUGGUAGGGUAAAAUCUUUCAGACCAGAACCUUCUGGUUCUAGUCGAGACUCCAUGGGUACACAGCCAUCGUCCAAAUCCGCAUCUCACUCGAGCCAGCCAGGCCCCCACGGACACCACAGAGAACCGUACAAUGCGGCUAAUAAGCGGCACUUUGGCAACGAUGAUCGAGGAGACUGGCAGAGGGACCGUAAAUACAAUUACCCCAGUAACAGCAACCAGUCAUGGCAGGGAGACCGACAUCAUCCAUAUGACCAGCAUCGCUACAAGGAUCACUACGGUGAUCGACGUCCACAUGGAGACACGUAUCGCAGCUCAGGCAGUUACCGCAACAACAGCUCCCCCCGAAAAAGGCCGUAUGAGCAGUACAGCAAUGACCGGGACCACAGGGGUCACAGACCCUAUUACGACAGGCAUCCAGACCCCAAAAGAAGACGUCCUGAUGAAUUCCGUCCCAACUACCACCAGGGACGGGAAGGCCCUCUCCAGGACUUCAGGAGGAUGCCGGAGCACAGGCCAGCAGGUCCACCUGGAUCGGAGCACUACAGCAGGCCCUUCCACCCUGACAAACCUCCUCCACUGUUGGACCCUCGCUCCCCGCAGGCUCAGAAGUCUCCCCAGGACUCCCGCUCGCCACUCGAGCGACCUGUAGAGCCCAACGCUGUGGCAGACCCAAACUGGAACAACAGGAAAACAUAAAGCCUGCCAGUGCUGUCUAAAAGACUGAUCUGGGUGUUUUGUCCAGGGCUAAAGCCACAUAUUGCUGCUGAAGGACAAGUCUGGACUCGCCAAUCAUAAGCUCACAGUUGGAAAGGGAAUCAACAUGUUACCCUCUUUACCAGCAAAACCAAACUAUUUUGCUCCCCACCCAUCCCCACCCCCCACCCCCCCAGUGACUGUGGCUGUGAAUGAUUUGUGCCCUGAAGGAAGACGUUUGCUUCCUUCUGUCAUCUUCACGAUGGAAAAAUACUAAAACGAGCUUCUUUAUUUAAAUGAAUUGACUCGAUCAGUCAGACAUGGUAAGACUGAGUGGAAUGCUCAUGGAUGCUUAGUCCCGUGGACUAUUAUCUAAAGAGACUUUAGGAUACAUGAACUGAUGACUGAUCUCAAUCCUAAAAGUGCCUGAAGGUUUUGGCCUUUUUGAAUGGUAAAUGUAUGGGAUUAUUCCCAAAGGAAUCAUGACAUGAACAUUAUGUUUUUUUGUGUUUAGCUUUAUGUCUUUCAAAUGAUGUCAUUAGAAGAUUUCAGUACAAAAGAAUGUGUAAUGUGUUAUCAUCUGCACCUUUGAAAUGUUUAUCUUGAACAUGUAGCUGAACCGAAUCAUGGAGUCUCACCAUGUGGGUUAAAAUGGUGGCGUGACGGGACGGCCUAGUUGUUUUUGAAAUUUGAAUGAUCAGUCAAGCCAGUAUGUUUCCUCCAAACACUCAACAGAUAGUUUGAAAACGGUUUUUAACAAAUUCACAUUUCUCAUGUGUACAAAUAAUCAUUAUUUCUUUAACUCUGUAUCUGUAUAAAUCAUUGCAGUCCUGUUGCUUUUUUCACUUUAAUCACUUUCCUCCUCGUAGGCCCAAUGAAAUGGAAGCUUUGUAAGCAGUAUUUAUUGCAACAACUUGUGGAAAGGUUCAUAACACUAUGACUUGGAACAAUCCUUGAUUUUUGCCUUUCAGUAUUAUGAUGGUUAAGAAUGGUACUUCAGUGUAGUUAAAUUAAUUCACCCAUCUUUCCACCUAUGUAAGUACUUGAUGAAGUCUGAAAAUGCUACACGAUAACAUUUUCUUUCCUAAUCUAUGGUUUGGAAACUUUGAUUCACACACAGUUGUGCAGUUGCUGGUUGGUUGUUAAAGGGUUAUCAGAAAGUUGCUGUUGACAUUUCAUUAUGUUUAUUACCUUUGGUCACUCUUUUCCUGUGCCAAAUCUGGUCCUGCUCUGGCCCUCAUUUGUUUUUUUUUGUUUUUUUUUUUUAGCUUCUCCAUUUGUGCCUUAUUUAUGUGUGUAUUAUCAUACUGUAUAUUGGUUCAUGGACAGUACUGGGGUCUAAUACAGGCAGGAUGUAGUAUUAAAUGGUCACAUUUUAAGGAAAUAUAAAGGUUAAAUAUAUAAAGGAUAAAUCAUAAUUCAGUGUAAACUGGUGAAGGGACCACGUAUUCUGGUAAUUUGUGAUGUGGUUCUGUUAUUUCUGAAAGAGUUGACAAUUUGAGGGGAAAAUAUAAACAUAAUUCAUCUGUGUUUUGUCCAGGGCACUUAGCCGACCUGUUACAGUGAUCAGCCAGCACAUCUUUUCUUCCACAUUAAGCAAGCUACAGUUCCUGUAUCAUAUGUUCUUUAAGAGUCUAAAUAAUUUAUAUUUGUGACAAAACCACUCUUCAUGAGAAAUGUGCUGUACAUAUGUUUGGACAUAUGUAAUAAACUUUGUUACACAAUGA